UAGAUAUUAUGUAUUUGCCAUUUAAAUGAUGAAGGUGUUGUGUUCCAUUUAAGAGAGCUGUAUUAUCAUUAUUUAAAAUAACCAAUGCUUUUUUACUUCUACGAAAUCUUAAAAUAUCCUUUAAUUGCAAUCAAAUAUAAAGAAUUGUGGUUAUCGGUUGUAAGGUAGAACAGGAUAAGGAAAAUUACAUAAAUAUUUCUAUGCGCAAGUAUAAUGAAAAAUCAAAGCAAUUACAUCUAUUGAAAUUAUAAAAACAGAAAAGAAGAAAAUGACAAAUAUUGUUUUUGGAAUAAAAAAAUUCAAUUCCGAAUGUUGGACGGUUAUUUUUGCGGAGGUAUACGGUGCCGUGGUUUACAUAGAUCGUUAUGCGACUGAAUGCUUACACUGGUACGCAGCUGGCAAUGGUUACAUGGCUUUGAAAAAUGCUGGUGCGAUUGCGGUUCACGAGCUCGGCAUGUAUCAUUUUCGAUAUCCGGAAGUCAAAGAUGCCAAGAAAGCUGUUAUCGUGUCCACAACAGGUGAUCCGGCAUUCUAUCAGCGAACAAUCAAAAUGAUUUUAGCUAAAAAUACGUUCAACAGUUUGACAAUAUAUUGUAGUAUUCCAUGUUGCACUACUAAUUAUCCUGCAACCCAUUCAAAACAAGAUAAGUUGAAUUACAUUAAAUUAAAAAAAGAUAUCGAAGCUUGGAUGAUCUCGAAAAACAUGUUGCAGGAUCCUUCUGUUAGCAUCAUCCAUGUACCACUUUUAAUUGCUCCUUUGAACGAUCAUCUGUUUGUGACACCUCCAUUUGGAGAUUUAAUGCCACCUUUAAACACAAGUAUCGUGGAAGAUACAUCUGCAGAGAUAUGUCUUAUAGCAAAUUCAUUUUACAAAUUAUUCGACAGUCUUAAUGCCAAAAUAGAAGUGUAUUCUGUUGGGAAGUUGAGCGAUCUCUUAGCAGAAAAUUUGGAGAACUACUUUGUUAAUGGUGUUCAUCAAAAUCAUUCGUCGCGAGUCAAAGAAGUAGGAGUAUCACUUAUUUUAUUGGAUCGAACGUUAGACCUCUGUACUCCUACUAGCAAUAAUACGGAGUCGUUUCUCGCCAAAGUAUUGGGAGCACUUCCACGUUUGCCACAGCACAAUAACGAUGUAGCGAUUAAUAUGUCUCCCGCAUUUGGAACGACAGAGGGAAUUUUACGAAUGUACAAAGUACCUGGAUGUUUAGCGAGUAUAGAGAAAUCUAUGAUCAAUUUCUUUGUUUCGGAAAAUGAAAAAAAGUUAUUAACUACGGCAAAUCAGAUGUUGAACAAUAUCUCUAUGAAGGAUAGUUCAAAAUUGAGAACACCAGUGAGAAUUUCCGGUCAUAGUUUAGAAAAAGCUGUUAACAAACUUCAAGGUACAAACAGCAUCGAUUCUAUGAUGAACUAUAUAGAAAAGAUGCAGGCUAUUAUGGCGAUAGUUGAAGCAUCAAUUUCGCAGAAAACCAGUCAGUUUGAAUUCCUUACCAGCUUAGAGAAAUUGGCAUUGCAAAAUCUUUCCGUGAGCCGGGAGUCCUCGAGUAUACUCGCGCAAUUGAGUAACGUUGUACGAACCCGCAAUUUUCGAAGACUCGAUAUCGAAAAUUUGUUAGCAUUGUUGAUACACGUUUACGCCCUUGCGGGAACGCAAAUUCGAUUUUCCACACAACAAGAACAACAAUUGGAGGAAUCACUCGCAGCUGCAAUUUUCGAAGACUUUGAAACGUUCAAAAAGAAUCCAUCGACCAACAAAAUAUCAACUUCUCAACGGACAUUACUAUUACUGGGAGCAACUGACGCGGCCGCAGCACGUGAAACGUCGCAUAAAAUAGCGGCGCGUAUCAUUCAUACUCUUCAAUUAAUCGCAAAACAACGCUCAUUUUUGCAAGAUUACAGAUUCCUCAUGAUAAAAACAACUUCGCAAGAAACAAUCCGGCAUGUUAGCAUUGUGGAACAGAUAAUCGAAGACAUCUUUCAUACGAGUACAAGUCGAGAACUGCGUGAUCUACGCCAACGGUCGUCUUCGCUAAUUUCAGCUGGCUUCAACUUAUUAUUAAGAGGUAAAGCAAAGCGUCAUCCUCGUGACAAUCCCUAUAUUUUAUUGUACAUUAUUGGAGGGUUUACCGCAGAAGAAGCAAAAUUAAUACAAGAAGUCUCUUUGAUUCCGAAUAAAAAUGAGACACCCCAUGUAAUAUUAGCAGGAUCACGACUGUUAAAUCCAUUAGAUAUCGUAGAUAAGAUAUUGUUCCACUGACACAUUUUGUUCCGGAUAUGAAAUGUAUAAAUAGAAUGAAAUUUAUCCUUCUCCUUAGUCGAUUUCCCAUUUAAUACCACUCGCCGACACAGAGUAACAGAUAUGUUUAAUAGCUUCCCCCCUUUCUAAUGUACAUGUGAAUUUUCGUAAUCCGUUUGCUUUGCGUAAAUGUAUCUUACAUUCUGUGUCAUUCGUAGAGGGAUCUAUUGUACUUCUUUUAGCUUUGUAAUUAAUGGUACUUUCAUAAGGUUUGGUAUAUACUGUUACAACAUUAAACAAGUUUGUCUGCUUUUUGACGAGUUUUAAUAACCUUUUUAUAUAAGUAUCGAUUGUAACAACAUUGUUUUCGCGCUCCUGCCAGUAAUAAGCCGUCAUACUAUCGAUUGCUAAAAGGGCAAUUUUGGCAUUACUAAGAAACAUAUCGUCCAAUGUACGCAACAUCAGAAGAAAUUGUUCGCUAUGA